CGAGCCUGCCUCGCGCCUCCUCUACCUCUCCUCCACCUCUCUCGUCGUCUCUAGCUACCUCCUUCUCCAUUGCUCAAGUCGCUGCGGCAUCCAUUGCGAUGGCGGUCCAGCCGUCCAUGGAGACGCAAGCAGCGCCCGCGAAUUCUUCUCCACCCAAGGAUGGCAGGAGCGCCGAGGAGAAGGCUGUGGAGGACUGGCUCCCGAUCAACGCAUCGCGGAACGCCAAGUGGUGGUACUCCGCCUUCCACAAUGUCACGGCCAUGGUCGGCGCCGGCGUGCUCGGCCUCCCCUACGCCAUGUCCGAGCUCGGCUGGGGCGCCGGCAUCGCCGUGCUAGUCCUGUCGUGGGUGAUCACGCUGUACACGCUGUGGCAGAUGGUGGAGAUGCACGAGAUGGUGCCGGGCAGGCGGUUCGACCGGUACCACGAGCUCGGGCAGUACGCGUUCGGCGAGAAGCUGGGCCUCUGGAUCGUCGUGCCGCAGCAGCUGGUGGUGGAGGUGGGCGUGAACAUCGUGUACAUGGUCACCGGGGGCACCUCGCUCAAGAAGUUCCACGACACGGUCUGCGAAGACUGCAAGCGCAUCAAGCUCACCUACUUCAUCAUGAUCUUCGCCUCCGUCCACUUCGUGCUCUCCCAGCUCCCCAACUUCAACUCCAUCUCCGGCGUCUCCCUCGCCGCCGCCGUCAUGUCGCUCAGUUACUCCACGAUCGCGUGGGGCGCGUCAGUGGACAAGGGGAAGCUGGAGAAUGUGGACUACAGCCUGCGGGCGACGACGACGCCGGGGAAGGUGUUCGGCUUCCUGGGGGCGCUGGGGACCGUGGCGUUCGCGUACGCGGGGCACAACGUGGUGCUGGAGAUCCAGGCCACCAUCCCGUCGACGCCGGAGAAGCCGUCCAAGAAGCCCAUGUGGAGGGGCGUCGUCGUCGCCUACAUCGUCGUCGCGGUGUGCUACUUCCCCGUCUCGCUCGUCGGCUACUGGGCCUUCGGCAACAGAGUUGACAGCGACAUCCUCAUCACGCUCUCCAGGCCGAAGUGGCUCAUCGCCCUCGCCAACAUGAUGGUCGUCAUCCAUGUCAUCGGCAGCUACCAGAUUUACGCGAUGCCGGUGUUCGACAUGAUAGAGACGGUGCUGGUGAAGAGACUAAAAUUCCCUCCAGGCCUGACGCUCCGGCUGAUUGCUCGGACUGUCUAUGUCGCGUUCACAAUGUUCAUAGCAAUCACCUUCCCUUUCUUUGAUGGGCUGCUCAGUUUCUUUGGUGGAUUUGCCUUCGCACCGACUACCUAUUUCCUUCCCUGCAUUAUGUGGCUUGCAAUCUACAAACCCAAAAGGUUCAGCUUCUCAUGGUUCACAAACUGGAUCUGCAUUGUUCUUGGAGUGCUGCUGAUGGUACUGGCGCCAAUUGGAGGACUCCGGAAUAUCAUUUUGAAUGCAAAGACAUACAAAUUCUACCAGUAGACAUGCAUGAUUAACCAACACAAACCCCAUGUUUUGAUCUACAAUUAACAGGCCUGCAAAAUGUCUCGGAUCAUCAUCAGCUGAAACCAGUUCUGGAUUUGGUACAACGUGACACUACACUACAUUUUUUUUCUGGCAUGACAAAAUCUCCUACUAGCUAGGUGGUGCAAUGUCUAAUAGUGCGAGUCUUUGCGAAAGGUCUUGUAGCCUAAUGUUACAUGAGCCUCAGUACCAUCUCGGGUCCCGGGUUCGACUCCUCGUGAGAGCGAAUAUUCUAGAAUUUAACAGCGUUAUCCUUUCUGUGAUAGGCGACGUUCUCAUCGACAGCAAGACGAGGGUUUGUGUACAUGUAUUUAUAAGGGUGAGUGUUCGUGCGUUGUGAGUGUCUGAGUUGUACCGUGUAAUCUCAAAAAAAAAUAAUACUAGUUUUUUCGAAAUAAAAAAUGGGAAUAUCAUGGCAUGAAUAAAAAUUUGGAAUACGUUUGAGUUGAUGACGCCCCUUGACAUGUCCUGUUAGUUACGUGUUAAACUAGGAAUUUGUGCUGAGUUAAACAUAUACAUAUUCUUGGGCACUUUUAGCUUUUGUGUAGGGAGAGCAAAUCAUGGUGGUUUAUUGUUCUCUCAACCAAAGUUCACCAAUGUUUUGGAGUAGAGAGCUUGAAAUAGUAGUGGCAAGAAUAUGUUGUUUGGGACUUGA